GCUGGAUUCACGAUGGAGCGCGAGGGGGGACGUGGUGGAUAUCGGAGCAGCAGCCCAGCCGCCUGAGCCCGACCGAGGGACCGCAGCUUCUCCGGGGGAGGGCCGGCUGCCAGCGGCGCUUGGCAAUCCGUAGCUCCGCCGAGGACCUUCCUCCCCAGAGGUGGGAAGGGGAGCCGGAGGACUCGCUCCCCCGCGCCUCCCGCUUUCUCCGCUGGCAAGCGGAGGGGAAGCCGACUGGCGGCGGCGGGCGGGAGAGCGGGCGAGCCGGCCGAACGCCGACCCCUUCGAAGCGGCCGGAGCGCGACCCCCGCGACCCCGCUUGGGGCCGCCUUUUCUCCUUUUCGUUCACUUUCCUCCGACGCUUCGCUCCCGGGAGGGUUCGGAAACGGCGGCGGAACGCCUCUCCCCCCCGAGAGUAGCGACUGGUUUUCGGCGCGCGCGUCCCUGCUGCCCCGCUCCUUCGGUCCUCGUCCCCUUGUCGUGCGAUCCUCAUGAAAAAUCACAUCUGGGGCAGCACCCCCCGGGCGCCCAUGGCUGCAGCGAUGCCGUGGAAGAGCGUGGAGUGGCUGCAGGAGGAGCUCGAGUCCAGCGGGGGCAGCUCGCUGCUGCUGCUCGACUGUCGGCCCCACGAGCUCUUCGAGUCCUCGCACAUCGAGACCGCCAUCAACUUGGCUAUCCCGGGCCUGAUGCUCCGGCGCCUCAAGAAGGGCAAUCUGCCCAUCCGCUCCAUCAUCCCCAACAACGAGGACAAGGAACGCUUCGUCAAGCGCUGCAAGGCAGACACCGUCCUGCUGUACGACGAGUCCACGGCUGAGUGGCAGCAGGACGGCGGGGCCCCCACCUCCGUCCUCGGCCUUUUGCUACAAAAACUCCGCGACGACGGCUGCAAGGCGUAUUAUCUGAAAGGUGGAUUCAAUAAAUUUCAGACUGAAUACUCAGAGCAUUGUGAAACCAAUCUCGAUAGUUCUUCUCCUGCCAACUCUCCUCCUGCCUCUGUCCUUGGUCUGGGAGGGCUGAGGAUAAGCUCUGAUUGCUCAGAUGGAGAAUCUGACCGGGAACCCAGCAGUGCCACAGAGUCUGAUGGGAGCCCAAUCCCAAACAACCAGCCGGCUUUUCCUGUCCAGAUUCUUCCCUAUUUGUAUCUGGGUUGUGCCAAAGAUUCCAGCAACUUGGAUGUCUUGGGCAAAUAUGGCAUCAAGUACAUUUUGAACGUCACUCCCAAUCUUCCCAACAUGUUUGAGCAUGACGGAGAGUUCAAGUACAAACAGAUUCCCAUCUCGGAUCACUGGAGUCAGAAUCUCUCCCAGUUCUUUCCUGAGGCCAUCGCUUUCAUUGAUGAGGCCCGUUCCAAGAAGUGUGGCAUUCUAGUCCACUGCCUGGCUGGCAUUAGCAGGUCUGUAACAGUAACUGUGGCCUAUUUAAUGCAGAAGCUCAAUUUGUCUCUGAAUGAUGCCUACGACUUUGUGAAAAGGAAAAAGUCCAACAUUUCCCCCAAUUUUAACUUUAUGGGACAGCUUCUGGACUUUGAAAGAACUUUGGGAUUGAACAGCCCAUGUGAUAAUCGCUCGCCUGGGGACCAGCUUUAUUUUACCACCCCCACCAAUCACAACUUGUUUCAGCUGAACACGUUGGAGUCCACAUGAAGGAGAUUUUGAUUGGGGAACCUCAAACCUUGAAUAGCUUCUGUUGAGCAUUUCAAAUUCAUUGAUGGAAAAAGUUUUUCAAGUCAGCUUUGAAAGAACUGGUCUCUCCAAGCAGAGCUGUCUGGUUGCUGCUUAAUUGGAAAAGUGUGCACCAUUUAUUAGUAUUCGGAUGCGAAUCCAAGUGGUUCAGAAGAGUUACUUUAUUCACCAGAAUUAUUUGAUAUUGGGAAUGCCCUGACAUUCUGAAUGCAGCUGUUACUGGCAAUAACUGUUUUCUGAUGUGUGUAGAGACUGAAAUGAUACAUACCACACAUGCACACGUAUCACACACAAGUGUAUUACUGGAUCAGUGUGGGUUGGCUUGGUGUGGAAAGUAAAGAAGACUUGUGCACUUAGCAAACUUGACCAAUAAGUGUUGGCCUGAGACUGUUCUUUUACAUCCCAGUUUACUUUUUUUAAAAAGAGGUAAUCUUUACUCUUUCUUGGGUUCAAGCUCUUUUUCAAUAUGUAAGUUCCUGACUGUUUGUACAGACCAGGUUGAAAAACCAGUAUUUUAUUCUGUUGUUGUUCAAUUUCAUGUUUUUUAGAUAUGAGAGAGAGAGAUGAAAAUAAUUCAAAUGUUUCUAUUGACCAAAUGCAUUUUGCACACUCUGUAAAGCCUUGAUAUGUUCUCUAGCAUGUUACUGGUAACUGGGGGUGGGAUGGGGAAAAGAGAAAGACUUGUUGCUAUACCUAGGUAGCAUCUCGCUGGAGUUUUCAUGAUUUAUGAGAGCCAGUUGGUAUACAAUACCCCUCUGCACCAUGUCCACCUUCACAAUCUUUUCUGCACUGACUCAGCCAAGGUGACUAAGCGCCAAUGUGCUUUCUGAUUUAAAAAAAAAAAAAAAUCUUUGCCAAAACACCCCCCACCCCCAGACCCCACCAUCGCAUCCUAUUCUGUACCAAUCACCACUCUGUUCAAUAUUACCUGAGAUAACAUCUCGUAUGACCUCCACCCAGAGCUGGUAGAAGCAUGCUUGGGGGCUCUUGGUUGCUAUGUGCAGCCUUUUUGACUGUUAACAUCACCCAGCUGGCCUGAAAUCACUCCAGCUUCCAAAGCAAUGAAAAUGCUGUUCGUGUUGUUGGCGUUUAUCUGGCACACUUGAUUCUUAUAUAUAUAUAUGGGCGCGUAUAUAUGUACAGGUGCAUAUAUAUGUACAUAUAUAAAUAUAUUGCAUGGGAGGAGCAGCCUGGAGGUGAACAAAGAAACAAUAUUGCUGUUGUAGAAGGCUUAAGCACAGACUUCCUAAUGUAGCCUUCCCUCAUCUGGUACUUUCCAGAUGGAUUGAGAUGGCAGUGCCCAGAAUUUCCAUUCAGGCAAGUUUAGUCAAAGUUUGCCUGGUGAUUUUGGGAAUUGUGGUCCCAGCAUGUGGAUGAAGCCAGUAUGGGAAAGUAACUUGAAGGUACAACCAGAAGGUACUUUGAAUAGGAACCAUGGGGCACCAUGGGAUUACACUACUUAGGAAAAAAAGGUGUGUAUGUGUGGGGGGAAGGCUAGUUAAUUAUGGAGGCGAUUGGAGGUUUUUGGGGAGAACUUUUUUGGGAUAACUUCUUUGCUGUGCCUUCUAUAACAAGAAGACUUGUCUAUAUUCCUCAUUAAUGUGUUAUACUAGAUGAGAGAAAAGUGGUGCUUAACUUUUUCUUGGGAGGAGGGCAGAAUGGACAUGGAAAAAUAUUGGCUGCAGUGUAGUCCCUCCUUUUUCCCACCUCCCUUUCCACUUUCACUCUCAAAGUAAACUUAAAAAGCCACGGAGUCUUUUUUUUCCCCCCCCCUUAAAUAUUCAUUUUUUAAAUAUCUUUUUUCAAAAGUAAAUAAAUCUCCACAUGGAAGAAUGUUUAAUGCUGUCACAUCAUGGAACUGUGAUGUGUGUGUGCGCGCUUUUAAGAAAAUAUUGGAAUGAUUUUUUUUAAUGUAACAACGUUAGGGUUAUUGGGUCAUUGAGACAGGAAAAGUGGAGCACUACGCAUGGAUGAGCAAGCAGAUGAGGAAUCUCCUAACUGCAUUUUACCUCAAGGAGAGAAAUUUAGUUUAUCAGGGAUUUAGUGCAUCUGUAUCUUAAGCUGGUUUGUAUAAAGGCUUCCUGUGCCACUGGUGGUCUACUUAAAAAUGCAUCCUCUUCGUAUACGCAAGAAUUUGUUAGUGAGGGACAGCAUUUGCUUUGUGUUUAUGAAGGAAAAAAUGAGUGACCCUAUAUAUCCUGAACCCAAUAUUGGGACUUUGUUUAUAUUGCAAAUAAAUACUAUUUUUUCUU